AUGAUGGACGUCCUUCACACCAGCACGGCGUCGAGGCCGGGCCUCCGAUCGCGACCAACCGUGCACCAUGAGUCACCACCAUCCCUCUCGAGCGCAACACGAUCCAGCUCGUCGAUGCCGAGCUCGGGUAGCGUCGUUUCAGCUUCAUCUGCUCGCACCUCGUCGUCCCGCCACAGCAGGCCCGGUUCUUGUUCGUCGCGGCAAUCCUCGACUGAGUCAGUCAAGACCGAAUCCACGGCGGCGUCAUCCGUCGACGCCGGCACCACCGCGUCCCCCGUGCACGAACCUGUUCUCCAGGUCGUCUACACCUCCUCGGCGCUCACACGGCAUGUAUCUCGGGAGGAGAUCUCCGACAUCCUACAGCACUCGAGGCGUAACAACGCGCGGAGAGGCAUCACCGGGUUGCUGCUCUACCGCGACGGUUCCUUUGUCCAGUUCCUCGAGGGGCCGGCCCACGAGGUCGACGGCGUGUACCAGAAGAUCGAGGCGGACCCGCGCCAUCGCGGCAUCGUCAGGAUCCUGCGCAAGACCGUUGAGAAGCGCGACUUCAGCAAGUGGGAGAUGGCCUUCAGGGACCUGGACCUGAGCCGAAAACGCGGUCACCGCCAAGCAAAGUCCGCAGUGUCGUCCGCGUCCUCGACGGGCGAUGUCCGCAGCCGGGAGGCCUCUUCCGAGUCGGUGACGGACAGCGAAGAGGAGGACCUGGACAGCAUGCGCGAUGGCUUCAGCGAGGUCCUCAACGUCGGUCUCCGGCUCGGCGACCAGACCGACGCCGAGUUGCGGGCGGACGCCUACGGCAGCGGCAAGAGCAAGAUGGAUUUGCCCAAGGACAUGUCGGCGCAGAUGCGCAAGCUGGUCACUACUUUCUACAAGCUCAUGGACCGGCCCCUCUGA